UGUUCAGGCUAUACGGGGGAUCUUUGUCUUUGUGUAGAAGAAGGGACGUGUGUGUAAGAGAGAACGCGCGUGUACUGAUUUCACCAGUUCGCGGUACCAAACCGCACACAUGAAUGCGUGGGUGUCGCAGAGAAUAACAACAUCCGUUGGCUGUUGUAGCGCGCGAGCUUGCGUUUCGUCUGCCGCCACGCGCCCGCGGUCCCGAGUUCACGCUAAUCCAGCACGUGGGCCCCAACGAUUUGGAGCGUCGCCGGCGAUCCGGCAAGGAGGACUGACGCGCCAACGCGCCGCCGUUCGGUUUGGCGCGAAGGCGCCGGCGCCAUUGGCAUGCACAAUGGCACGCCUCUCUUUUCCCCCGGAGAUUUAUUGGGGCCUUAUACGUUGUGAUGGCAGUUUCGUGAAUACAAACACGCUUCUUUAAAUUGUUUCCUUAAAAGGGCAGCUGUCACAAGCGUUCAACGCGGCCUCACUGGGGCGUUGUUUUUUUCUUCAACUCUGACUUUGGAACCCCUGCUGCGGCAAAGCUAACGGCAUCAGGAGUCGCCGAAAAUUGUUUCAAGGUGCUUAAUUUUUUUACUGUACUUGAAAAAUGUUAAUAUCUUUCGCGUUUCGGUUUAUCUUGCUGCAAGGGGCUAUGUGCAAUGCUCUGCAGAAGGAGUAGCACCAUGUGCGAAGGAAGUUCAACAUACAUGAGACGCAGACUCCUCCAUCGCCGCUACCACGACCGUUCCCGUGAAUUCAACUCCGUGGUUUCUCCACCCGUGUCGAGGGCUCUGCUUACUAGACUCGCUGUUUCAUCCUACCCACACUGGGCUAAACGACCAAAUGGGGAACGAGAGAGUGACGUUCAUUGCAUAACCGACUGCUGCCCAGCACACGCUUACACAGGCGGCUCGGACGCUGCACAUUGAGCAGUUCUGAUGCCGUUGCAUGGAUCGUCAGACUCGGUAUAAUAUGUAUUCACAUGUCAUACGAAAGAAAGACCGCAGGUCACAAGACUUUUCUUCUUCCUCCCUUGCUCUCUCCCUCUUUGACAUAACCUCCCCAAGCUCAUACAAUUAUAGCCUUGCUCAUUUAAUGGAAUGUGUUCCUCUUGUUUAGCAAAACCUUUAAAGUUCCAAUUGUUGUUAGCCGCUGAACGUUUCGAACCUUUGAGCCUGUGCUCAACCACUGUUAAAAAAGUAUACUUAUUUGAAUGUCCAGGAUAUCCAGAAAUGUUUAACCCUCACUAUCUGCAUCGAGCCAUUCCCCGUAAAGAAUUAGUUUUUACGCCUUAAGUAAAUACUUGAUGCUGCACAGCGGAGGGGUGCGUAGCACGUGUUGUCCUCUGAUUCGCACGUUCCAAAGGAAGGGCAGUAGGCAUUGAAGACCGACGGUGACAGAGGCACCAUUGGAACAGACAGCUGAGUCAGGGCUUUGCUAGGAGAGGGAGAAGUGGGGUCGGUCUGCUCAUUGCCCUAUGCGGUCCCUCUUUGUUUGCUCUCGGCCUCAUUCAUUUCCUCUUUCAUUCGCCCAUUCCACCUAGCCAGCGAAGAACUCUGAAACAUGGGUGGCUGGAUCUCCACGGGCCCCUGCGUUUUGUGGAAUCGGUUCCAAAAUAUUAAAUAAAAUUCUCACGUCCUUUGAAGUCGAGUGCAUUUAUAGUCACACACCACAAACAACUGGUGUCUUGCCGCAUGGGUUUCUGUUUGCGAUGCAGUGAAGGCAGCACUGAUCUGCUUAAGAUCUGUAGAGCUGCUCCAAAACCACAAAGGGAAGUUUGUUACUGUUAACAUAAGGAGACAACAACACGGCUUAUUAAAACACGUGUAACAGUGUUCCCAAGUGUGCACAGUAUUUCAACAUUCCAGACACGUGGGCGAAGAUGCAUACCUUGUGUAGUACAGUGUGUGUGCAGUUUGAAGAUUUUGUCUGGAGCAGUGGUGGCCUAGAUUGUGGAUGGAGGUUGUGUGGACUGGAUGGUGCCGAUGUAAGAGAUCAACGCUGCUGUUGCUGCUGGAAAUGCUUGGCUGCCGUACAUGCUUGGCUGGCCCUGUUAUUGAUUAACGCUGCACAUGUUACAGUCGGUAUUUGUAUUCAUCCCGUUACUGCCAGCAGUGAGUAGAAGAGUAGAGCAAAACAUUGCUGUGACUGGUCCACAGUCGAGGUGAGGCAUGGAGCAUGAGCCUGAGGGCGGGGGGACAGGAGGUGGGGAAUUACUUCAGCAAACGCACCGUCAAAGGCACAUGACCCAGUCAUCCCUGUGCACUGGUCACGUGACUUCCCUCCCUCUCUGCGACUUCCCCCCCUCUGUCCCUCCCCCAUCCUCCGCCGCUCCCCAGCCAUCGCUCUGAGAGGGUGUCCCCUUUUCACCGUGGUGACGAGAAUGCCAAACAUUCGCGGCGGCAGCAGCAGCUUCCGCCUUCCGCUUCGCGUGUGCAUCCCACCACGCCGCUUGCCGUGUGCUGCUGCCAGCUGUCGUGUCGGCCGACCGCUUGAGCUCUCUCACUCUGCGCCCUCUCGCUGUGCGCUCGCUUGCUCACCCGCCUCUGUGGUGCACGCAGUGGUUUCGAGAAAGCGACAUCGAGUGUUCUUGCUGCGGCCGAGCGUAGCCCGUGCGGCGCGAGUGGCACGAGCCGUGAUGUAGCUCCUCCGCUCCAUGCGUACAGCCGCUUUGGGGCCCUCAGCUCCGCCAUGGGUGUAGGAGCAGCCAUGCGCCUUUGUCAGGGCAAGUCCGGGGGACGGGUCCAUGAGGAAGUGAAGCACAUGUUCUCUCCACCGCCGCUGUCGCCGCCGGCAUUUGGGUAUGGCCACGGCGGCCUCCUGGAGCCCGGCGCCACGGCCCCGGAGCCCGGAGCGGCUGCGGGGGGGCGCACGUUCGGCGUGGAGCUGGCGACGCUGCUGGCUGGCGUGCCGCCCGGCCGCACCGUGCCACUCGUGGUGGAGACCAUGGUGCAGUUCCUGGAGGAACACGGCCUGGAGUCGGAGGGCCUCUUCCGGGUGAGUGGCAGCGUGCGUGCCGUGGAGCGGCUCAGGCAGGCCUGGGAGGCGGACGUGACGAGCGACGGGGAUGGCGGUGCCACCGGCGCCGACGGCGACGAAGGCGGUGAUGCGGUGGAGGUGCCCGAGGCGUGGCGGGGCCAGGCGGACGUGUCGUCCGUAGCCGGGCUGCUCAAGCUGUUCCUCAGGGAGCUGCCUGAUGGCGUUGUGCCGGCCAGCCUGCUGCCCAGCUUCCUACAGGCACACCGAGACAGCGCCGGGGAUGAAAUGCGGCUCGCUGAGUCGCUGCGGCUGCUGCUGGCUCAGCUGCCAGGCGAGAACCACGCGCUGUUGCGCUACUUGUGCUCCUUCCUGGUGCGCGUGGCCCAGCACCAGGAGGUCAACCUCAUGUCGCCGCAAAACCUUGGCACCGUUUUCGGCCCCAACUUUUUCCGUGUCUCUCCUGGAAUGGAGGGCAUUGCGGAGCAGCAGGUGGUGAACCGAGUUACGGCGAGGUUCAUCACCGACUUCCUCUCCAUCUUCCAGGAAGACAGUCCUCGGCACGCACACAUCAUCCUCGUGCAGGAGCUGCAGGAGGCGGCCGCUUCAACCAGCGCUGAGGAAGCAGCAAACGACGGAACGCAGAACCCGCCGCCGGCCGGCCGGCUAAAUGGAGAGGCGAGCUAUGCCACCGUGGUGGCCGCCACUCGCAAGAAGAAGAGGAACCGCGCGAUCCGCGUAGCGGAGGAGGCCUCCUCGUCGAGCUCCGAGGCACGGCCUGAGAGUCCGGACGGAGCUCCGUGUCCCAGCUCCGCUCGCCGGGACCCCCCCAUGUCCCCGCCGCCGCCAGCGUCGUCAUCGUCACCGCCGCCGCUAUUAUCGCCGCGCGCCUGCCCCACGGACCGCCGCUGGCCCCCGCCGCCUGCGUUCGAGCCCCACGGUCAUCACGACUCGGAGGGCGCGGCACUGGAGGAGGAGGAGAAGGAGGAGGCGGUGAGGCUCGGCGCAACGGAGCCACACUGUGCCCGAACCGUCGGGAAGGAGAGCGGGCGUAGCAUGGCGCCAUCACGCACGGCGGCAAAUGGAGAGGACAUGGAUUCAUCGCACAGCGACACGGAGCCCUUCAGCAGCCUGCAAGAGGAUGACCGACCGGACUCCCCGUGCUUCUGCAGCAUCUCCAGUCCGGUGCACAGCUCUGCCGAAGCCCUGCUGGAGCAAACCAUCGCCAGCACGGUGGAGCAGCACCUCUUCGACACGGACGCGGGCGAUGAGGGCGGCGGCGGCGGCCCUUGGGACGCUGUGACGACGACCGCAGCCCCGGCGAGACCACGCCGGCGCCAGCUGAGAUCCCCGGGGCGGGCGCAUGCGGCUGACUUCAGGGACGACACCAACAAGGUGAACAUGCCCGCUUGCGAGGACCCCAACGCGGGCGCCCAGACGGACGCAGCUGCCAAGUCGGACGUGCCAAAGAAGCAGCGCGGGGACGGUGGCGCCACGAGCGGGAAGGGGCCUGGCACGCCCGAUGACCAGGGGGGCCUAAGAGCCAAGCGACAGCGGUCCAACAGCAAACGGGGCGGCCAGCCAGCGCAAGAGGCGAUGGAGAGCGCUGGCCCGGGAGGGUCAUGCGGGACCGGUCGGACAUCCGCCACGGAUUCGGAGACCGACAUGGAGGAGGGGAAGCCUGCGAGCCGCGUUCUGCUGCCACCGGAAGAGGAGGAAGAGAAGAAGAAGAUGAACACAAGUCAAGGAGAGGAGCUCGCUGACAUGGUGAACACGACGACUCUGUCCUCGCUGACGGCCAGUCGCGCCCCGCCGCCCCGCAACCGCCGCAAGCCGAGCCGUGGCGCGACGCAAAAACGUAGCCCGCCGCCGCUGCCGCCCCGCGGCACGGCUCCAGGGACCCCGUGGAAGGAGGAAAACAACAACGAGGUGGUGCCCAUGGAGCAAGAGCUGUCAUCGGCGUCUCCCCAACGGGGCCUCGGGGGGCCCUCGCAGACGGCCGUGGGCGGCACCGCGCGCAGGACCGACGUUCCGUUGCUGGACCUGGCCGGCAUCGCGCCAGACACGGAGUGGGGAGAGCCGGUGCGGUUGUUCCGGGAUUGGCGCUCGGAGUCGAGCGAGCCGCACCUUUCCCCCCGGCCCGGCCGCCUCAUCCGCCGCCUCCUGGCAGACGAAGCGGACCCGCUGCUGUCGCCACGCUGCUCCAGCUUCAGCCACUCGCAGCGCUACCACACGGACCCCGAGGCGCCGCCGUCGCCACCCAACCUGCCCAGCUUCAUGAGGCCCAGGUCAUCGUCGCUGGGCUCCCGCGAGGAGGAGCACGACAAGGAGGAGGUGACAUCAUCGCAGCUUUCGAAGCGAAUCCAGAGCCUGAAGAAGAAGAUCCGGCGCUUCGAGGAACGCUUCCAGGAGGAGCACCGCUAUCGGCCGAGUCACAGUGAUAAAGUCACCAACCCGGAAGUUCUCAAGUGGAUGAACGACCUUGCUCGCUCGCGCAAGCAGCUCAGAGAGCUCAGGCUAAAGCAGUCGCAGGAGGAGACGCUGAGUGGCAGGGAUGCCCUGACGCGACAGCGCAGCAACACCCUCCCGCGGAGCUUUGGCUCCAGCCGGCCCUGCGAGCUGAGCCUCCUCCCGGAGUUCCCUACGGUUGAGCUGCCCUCGGCAGAGAUCCCCUCGACGGAGGUGCCCUCGGCAGAGGCAGACACGCCGGAGGGGACGGUGCGGGCAGACAGCUCCCCCGCCGGGUCCCCCAAAGCCUCGCGGCGAGGCACGGAGCAGCCCAAGCUUGCCCACAGGCCCACGGCGGAGAAGCCCAGGGCAGAGAGGCCCACGGUGGAGCAGACGAUGGAGGCGAUCGAGCUCCGUCUGAAGGAGAAGAGGCAGCAAGCAGCACGACCGGACAGUCCCAAGGAGAUGACGAGGGAACAGAUCGCAGCCGAGAAGGUGGCCAUCCAGAAGAGCCUGCUGUACUUCGAAAGCAUUCAUGGCCGACCGACGACGCGCCAGGAGAAGCACAAGGUGAAGCCACUGUACGACCGCUACCGCUCCGUCAAGACGCUGCUGGUGCGAGCGCGCGCCAUCCCCAUCAUCGAGGAGGAGGAGGGCACGGAUGAGGAGGACGACGGCAAGGCGGUUCGCGCGGCGCGCCCGGCCCCGGCGCGGGAGCCGCCGUCGCCGGCGGCACCCACGGCGGCGGCUCCAGUGACGACGGCGACGCCACCGCCGUUUGCGCCGCGCCGCCUUCUGCCGGAGGACGAGGAGCAGGACACGGACGGCUUCGUUUCCCCGCUGGAGGAGAGCUGCGGCAGCAGCUGCAAGCUGGCGCGCGUGCGGCCCGACCCGUCGCUCUCCACGCUGCACGCCGCCUCGCGGGAGGAGUUGAUGGAGCACCUCCGCACCACGCGCUCGGACAAGCGCCGCCUGCGCAAGCUGCUGCGCGACUUUGAGGACUCGUUCUACCGGCACACCGGCCGGUACGGGCAGCAGGCCUCGUCGCAGGCCCCACUCAAGUCCAAGAACGUGGCAAAGGAGGACCGCUCGACGCUCGCGGAGCAGUACACCGAGUACAAGCACGCCAAGGCGAAGCUGCGCCUGCUCGAGGCUCUCAUCGGCAAGCAGGGCACGAGCGCCGUCACCGUCUAACCACGCUUCGGCCGUGACGAGUGCGGUCCCGCCAACUCGCCUGGCCGGCGACAACCAUCUGGCGGCGGCGGCGGCGGCAAUGGCGCACUCCUCUCCGGGACCCGUUAUGCGUCGAGUUGUGUUCUUGCCAUCGACCGCGCAGUGUCUGUAUGCGCGUAUGGGCGCGUGUGCGCGCGUCUGAGCUCUACCCACCCCUCGGCCAACGACAGCAACACCACGCAAACAACACAUGCGCUCGAGUCAAUCGUUACCAUCUCCUCCUUUCUUUCCCCUAACUGGUUACCACCAGAAAGAGCCGCUUAUAAAAUCCUCUGCGGCAGGCUCGGUCUUUCGCCCGUCGCUCUCCGUCUCGUGCCUCCUCACUCCCUCACUCUUGUGUACGACAGGGAGUGACUUUCAUCACAGGUUGGGCUGACCGGCAUUUUCUCCCGCCCGAUUCACAUUCCUUUACGUUUUCCGGCCCUUCCUUUCCCUGCACCCCAAAACCCCUAUCCCGUGUGAACCACGCACGGCGGGUGAGAGUUUUAACCGUCGAGAGAAAACGUUCAUGGUCGACAAUGCAAAUUCAUCCAUCGGAUCUCCACUCAGAUUUUUGGGUGGAUUCCUUGUUUUAAGAAAAUACAUAAAUUAUAAAAAAAACACCAAGUGUUGAAGCUAAGUCACUUGACCUAAUGCAGUUGCACACCGUGACACCGCUGGUGAACGCCAGCGGCGGGGCAGUGCAUGACCCGCAGUCUGCUGCUGCCACUGUAACACGAAGCGCGUCCUGGUGAUUGCAGGGGGGAGAGGAGGCGGCGUCACGUGGGUCGCUCGGAGACGGAGUCCGCGUCGUGUUUGGUUUCCAUGGCCGUGCAGCGUUUCGCGUGGCGCGGCAGUCCCUUCCUCCUUCAUUCGCUAUUCCCCCCCCGCGCAAACCCCUCCGUAGCUGAAACUUUACUUGUUAUACAAGUUUUCUUUGGAUUUCUUUAAUCUCGUAUUCUACAGCCGCGAGCCUCAGCGGAAUUGGACGCCGUCAAUCGGAAUCCUCCCCGUUUUACAGAACACCCGCCCCACGGCCACCACCACGACCGCCACCGCCGGUGCCACCACCGCUACCACCGCCGCCCCGCCACACCGCCACCAUCAUCACCGCCACCAUCGCCGUCACCACCACCGUCAUUGUCUCGUCCCGCUAGGGAGGGAGGCGCCGGCGAAGCGUCCGGAGCGGUGCCGCCCGGCGCACUUGCCAAACAGCAUGCGCUUUUACGUCGUCUGUCGUGUCCAGUGGGUGAGCACGCUUUGUAUUGUGGGGCAGCAUCGUGGCCGUAAGUGGCCCGAUCCUAACGCGUCGCUUCCUGUCGAUGGACACGCGCGAAGACUGCUGGCGAAUCAUAGCAGUUACGAGUCAGUCACCGGCUUUUGAAGGAAAAGAAAAGUGAUUGUUAUUGAUUCCAUGUUAAGAUAAACUUAAGCUAUCCUGAACAUUGUGAAGAAACUGAUUAAAACUAUGAUUAUUAAUGUUAUGCUAAAAUAGUUUUAACAUGAUUAACACUAGCCGGCAAACAUUGCUUUCAACACACAGUAGAACUAUAAAUAAUAAAUAAACUUUUUAAGGUGGUAGUUAUUGUAAACUUUUUUUAAACGUUUGUUGGGCACUUUGACAAUUCAUUUAUAUCGACAAAAAGCGGAAACUUUUUUUCCCGAUUAAAUGGAGCAAAAUCGACUCAAAUUAAUGCCUCGCUAAAGCGACAGCUGAUGGCAAUACUGACUCGGCCUGCAUCGGACCGUAACGAGAUUAGAGCCUUGUCUGGCAUUGCGAACGAAACUAAAUUGAUGGCGUUAGAGGCCACGAUUUGGAGCUCGGGCUGAGCGUUAGUGCCCGAGCAGAGCCCCCCCACCCCCCGCGUUUGUGCUGACCCCGCGUGUAGCCGUAUCGCGUGUGUGUGUGUGUUAGCCGUGAUUUGUGCCGUGUGUGCCCCUCGAGUGUCGCUGGCCGUCGGUGUUAGAGGGGCGCAGUGCGCCGCUGUCGGUACGAACUUAGCGGCGGGGA